CGACUCCGCUCACAUGACACGAAUAGGAGUCACAUGAUUUUGUUGAGGAGGACUCGGUAAGAAAAUGGCUGCGUUCUUGCAGUGGAGACGGUUUGUGUUUUUUGAUAAAGAACCGGUGAAGGAUCCGGGGGAGAAUGGGAAGAACUUCGCUCUGCCCAGCGGUAUAUCGGCCUGUGACUCCGGACGGGGACACAUCGUUCUCGGGGAUAUGGACGGUCAGAUCUGUUUUUUAACGCGCUCUCUCCAGCUCACCUCCUUCCAAGCCUACAAACUGCGGGUGACGCACCUGUACCAGCUGAAGCAGCACAGCAUCCUGGUUUCAGUUGGGCAGGACGAGCAUGGCAUCAACCCACUGGUGAAAGUGUGGAAUACAGAUAAGAGGGACAGCGGCAGUCCUCUGUGCACCCGCAUAUUCCCAGCCAUUCCUGGGAAUAAACCCACAGAAGUGUCUUGUCUUAGUGUACAUGAGAACCUAAACUUCAUGGCCAUAGGCUUUACAGACGGCAGUGUAGUGUUGACCAAAGGUGACAUCACCAGAGACAGGCACAGUAAAACACUGACCCUUCACGAGGGAAAUUGUCCAGUCACUGGUCUGGCUUUCCGCCAGGCAGGAAAAGUCACACACCUGUUUGUAGCCACCCUUGAAAAAGUGCAGUGUUACACAUUAUCAGUGAAGGAGUACCCUCGCUUGGAGCUGGACACGCACGGCUGUGCUCUGCGCUGUUCUGCCCUCACAGACCCCUCUCAGGACUCGCAGUUCAUUGUUGCGGGAGACGAUUGUGUCUAUCUGUACCAACCCGAUGAAAGAGGACCCUGCUUUGCCUUUGAUGGGCAUAAGAUUCUGGCCCACUGGCACCGGGGCUACUUACUGCUGCUUACCCGAGAUACCAAGUCACCUAACAAGCCUGACUUUGGGAGCAGAGAGACCUCUCCAACAGAAAAGCAGAUCUUGACGAUUUAUGACUUGGACAAUAAGUUCAUCGCUUAUAGUGCAGCAUUUGAUGACAUAAUAGAUGUCCUUGCAGAGUGGGGUUCGUUCUACAUCCUGACAAGAGAUGGAAACAUGUUUAUGCUGCAAGAGAAGGACACCCAGACUAAAUUAGAGAUGCUCUUUAAGAAGAAUCUAUUUGUAAUGGCGAUUAAUCUAGCAAAGAGUCAGCAUCUGGAUAAUGAUGGUCUAUCUGAGAUAUUCAGACAAUAUGGAGAUCACCUUUACAUUAAAGGUGACCAUGAUGGAGCUAUUCAACAGUAUAUUCGAACCAUUGGGAAACUUGAACCCUCAUACGUCAUCCGCAAGUUCUUGGAUGCUCAGAGAAUACACAACCUGACUGCGUACCUGCAAGCACUUCACAGGCAAUGCCUGGCCAACGCAGAUCACACAACAUUACUACUCAACUGUUACACCAAACUGAAGGACAGCUCCAAGCUGGAGGAGUUUAUUAAGAGCAGUGAGAGCGAGGUGCAUUUUGAUGUAGAGAUAGCCAUAAAGGUGCUGCGCCAGGCUGGUUACCACAGCCAUGCUGUGUUCCUGGCAGAUAAACACUUGCACCACGAGUGGUACCUAAAGAUCCAGCUGGAGGAUUUAAAGAAUUACCAGGAGGCUCUGCGCUAUAUCGGACGACUGCCGUUUGAGCAAGCUGAGACCAAUAUGAAGCGUUAUGGUAAAACGCUGAUGCACCAUGUUCCUGAGAGCACCACUGUGCUGCUGAAGAGGCUUUGUACUGACUAUCAGCCCAGCCGAGACCCCACUGAUCGGGACAGUCUGGACAGGACUGUACUGAAUAAGGCAAAUUCAGAAGAGUUCAUACCCAUUUUUGCAAACAACCCACGAGAGCUGCGAGCAUUCCUUGAGCACAUGAUUGAAGAGGAACAGUCACCACCCCAAGGAGUGUAUGAUACACUGCUGGAACUUCGGCUGCAGGACUGGGCCCAUGAACAGGAUCCCGAGAGGAAGAAGGGCCUGCAGGAGGCAGCAUUGUUACUGCUGAGGAGAGAGAACACUGUGUUUGAUAAAGCUCUGGUGCUCUGCCAAAUGCACAACUUUAAAGAGGGGGUGCUCUACCUUUAUGAAAAGGGCAAGCUGUAUCAGCAGAUCAUGCAUUACCACAUGCAGAAUGAGGAGUACUCGAAGGUUGUGGAGGCAUGUAAGACAUACGGUGAUAAGGAAGUUUGUCUGUGGGAACAGGCUCUGGGCUACUUUGCACGAAAAGAAGAAGACUGCAAAGCUUACAUUAGUGAGGUUUUGCAGCACAUUGACCAGAACAACCUCAUGCCACCUCUUCUGGUGGUUCAGACGCUGGCCCACAAUUCUACAGCAACGCUCUCAGUGAUCAAAGAUUACCUGAUUAAUAAACUGCAGAGGGAGAGCCAGCAGAUUGAGGAGGAUGAGCGAAAGAUCCGGCAGUACCGUGAGGAAACGGCACACCUCCGCUCUGAGAUCCAGGAGCUCCGCACCAGUGCAAAGAUUUUCCAGAAGACAAAGUGUAGCAUGUGCAAUAGCCCUCUGGAAUUGCCGUCGGUGCAUUUCCUGUGUGGCCACUCUUUUCAUCAGCACUGUUUUGAGAGCUACGCUGAGAGCGAGGCAGAGUGCCCCACCUGCACACCCGAGAACAGGAAGGUGUUGGACAUGCUGCGUGCACAAGACCAGAAACGAGACCUUCAUGAUCAUUUCAAUAGACAGCUGAGGAGUUCUAACGAUGGCUUCUCUGUGGUGGCGGAUUACUUCGGUCGUGGCGUGUUCAAUAAACUGACUCUAAUAACAGAUCCUCCAGGUGGCAAGGCUGGCCCUGGCAGUUUGGAAGCUGAUCUACAGAGAGAUCUUCUCAUUCACACCAAGAGAAAUGUCUGAGAAACAGGCCCUGAUUGAGAUCAAGCUUCUUAAAGAGCUGAAAUCUGCACUGGGAUCAGUUUUUGUCAUUCAUGUUCUGUUGAUUUUGUUGCAAGAAGGAGCUAAAACUGCGUCCUAUUCUGAGAUGCUUGUUCCGUAUUUGAUCUUAUCCCUUAUAAGUCAGGAGGCUUAUUCUCCACGCAAAAGUCUCUGUCUCUGAGAAGGAUGCUAAAGAAGAUGAGCAAAUGGCUUGGAAGCCUCAACUGGACCGUUUUUAUUUGAGCUGUGAACAUAACUAAUGUAUGAGCGUUGUUUCUUGUAUGCUUCACUUUGGCAGUUUACAAUGAAUAAUAUAUUGGCAUCUGGUUAUCUGUAAUUCUGUGGACUCAAUCAGGCUAUGAAUGAACGUUCAGUAGCCACUGCCUGCAGUCCGUCUAAUGAAUAUAAAGAAACGUGUAACAUCUUUUUAAAUGAACAGAAUUAACAUAAACAUGUUAACUGAUGUGGAUGUUGUGCAUGUGCAAGUCCACUACUGUGCUCAGUACUUUCUCUGUUAAAUUUGUCAAUGUCACACUAACAGCAUAAUAAUAAAGAAUGACAACACAAUAAACAAAGGGA